AUGGCUGAGAUAUUACCUAUUGGAGCAUUAGGGGCAUGUGAAACCUUGCUUAUUAUUUGGAAUAAAGAAAAAUCUACAAAGUCCAAAUCCAAAAAUGAUUCUGAUCGAAGUAAAAUUUCAGGUAGGCAAUAUAUUUAUUGA